CGCUGGAGUCCAUGUCUCGGUCAAACACUGCGCUGUCCGCGUGGAGUCCGCAGCGGGAGGCUAGAGAAGCGGGCGGCUGGAAGCGGAGCUCCGACUGAAGGUUGAGUCCGCCGGCUGCUGCUGCUGCUGCCUCCCUGCCUCCGGAUCUCCCAGCAUGCACCGCUGCAGCUCCGAGGCCCAAACUUUCAGGUGGAACAGUGUCUCUCCUCCGCCACCAGGGGCCGCUGUGAUGGCUUCGUGUUGUCAUCGCUGCUUCCUGUUGGUGUUUAAACAAAGAAGAAGCUCCAGCAGCGGGUUGAUCUGAACCUCAGCGGCUCUGUGGACCGAACCGGGCCGGGAUGCUGCAGUAUGGAAGCGGAUGAGUCCCCGCGGAGGAAGCGACGGGAGGCGGUCUUGCGGCUCCGCGGCUCUCCGGACGCUGCUGGCCGCGUUGUCGCUGCUCUGCUGGAUCUUCUGCCGGAUCUGGACGCGAACCGCGGCCGCCUUCCGGACCGGAGCCGCCGACUGGCAGCGGGAGGACAGCCCGGAGCAGGGAGAGCGGCUCCGGAGCCACCAGCGGCGGGCCUUCGAGUUCAUCUCUGCGGCGCUGAAGAUCGAUGAGGACAAGGAAGGUGAGAAGCUGCAGGCGGUGGGCUGGUACCAGCGGGGCAUCAGAGAGUUGGAGGAAGGAGUCUCCAUCCAGGUGUCAGGACAGAGAAACGAACGACUGAAGGACAAGAUGAAAGCUAACCUGAAGGCAGCCAGAGACCGACUGGAGACUCUGAUCGGGGUGGUUUCGAGGUCCAACUUUCAGGCGGCCAUCCACACCAGCAGAACAAACUCCACCUGCCAUCCGGCCCACCUGAGCUCAGCAGGUGGCGCCGUCUCCGGGAGGAAACCGUCUGUUAUUGUGGCUCCAACCGGCCAAGCAAAGCACUUCCUGAAGAUGCCUCAUUCUUCAUCUCCGUCCUCGUCUUCCUCAGUGGCCGUUCAUCGAUGGCAGCGAGGCCCCGCCCACAACAGCACCGGGGAGCGAGGCCCCGCCCACAGUCACUCUCAGGUGUGUUUCCAGGGCAGAUCACGACGCCGUGGAGCUAAAGGCUGCUCCCCAACGGAUUCACCGCAGAACAGGAGAGACUCACUGCAUCUGAAGAAUGUAGACAGGAAGAUGGCCGACCUCAUCCUCAACGAGAUCGUGGACAGCGGUGUGUCUGUGAGGUUCGAGGACAUUGCCGGUCAGGAUCUGGCGAAGCAGGCGCUACAGGAGAUGGUUGUUCUGCCGGCGUUGAGGCCGGAGCUCUUUACAGGACUACGUGCUCCAGCCAGAGGACUCCUUCUGUUCGGUCCGCCCGGCAACGGCAAAACCAUGCUGGCCAAAGCUGUAGCAGCCGAGGCCAAAACAACCUUCUUCAACAUCAGCGCCGCAACUUUGACCUCCAAAUACGUGGGUGAAGGAGAGAAGUUGGUCAGAGCUCUCUUCUCUGUGGCCAGAGAGCUGCAGCCAUCCAUCAUCUUCAUUGACGAGGUGGACAGUCUGCUGUGUAAGCGGAGGGAAGGUGAACACGACGCCAGCCGACGCCUGAAGACCGAGUUCCUGAUCCAGUUUGACGGGGUGCAGUCAGAUGCCGCCGACCGGGUUCUGGUGAUGGGAGCCACCAACAGGCCUCAGGAGCUGGACCAAGCUGUUCUCAGGUCAGAUAGUGGACACCAGAGAAGGCGCUUUGCUAAACGUGUGUUCGUGGCUCUACCUGACCAGCAGACCCGAGUCAAGCUGCUGGACAACCUGCUGCAGAAACACGGCAACAACCUGACAACCAGAGAGCUGAAUCACCUGGCCAGACUGACAGACGGAUACUCCGGCAGCGACCUCGCCUCAUUGGCUAAAGAUGCAGCUCUGGGACCAAUCAGAGAACUUCCUCCAGAACAGGUGAGGAGCAUGGAGGUGAGCCAGGUCCGAGACAUCAGUUUUCACGACUUCAUGGAUUCUCUUCAGAAGAUCAGGAGCAGCGUCGGUCCUCAGACUCUGGACCUGUUGGUCCGCUGGAACCGGGACUUUGGAGACACGUCGGCUGGAUCAACAUUCUGAUCCAGAACGUGAAGAAAGGACCCGUUUAAACUGAACAUUCUGAUCCAGAACGUGAAGAAAGGAUCGUUUAAACUGAACAUUCUGAUUCAGAACGUGAAGAAAGGAUCCGUUUAAACUGAACAUUCUGAUCCAGAACGUGAAGAAAGGAUCCGUUUAAACUGAACAUUCUGAUCCAGAACGUGAAGAAAGGAUCCGUUUAAACUGAACAUUCUGAUCCAGAACGUGAAGAAAGGAUCCGUUUAAACUGAACAUUCUGAUCCAGAACGUGAAGAAAGGACCCGUUUAAACUGAACAUUCUGAUCCAGAACGUGAAGAAAGGACCCGUUUAAACUGAACAUUCUGAUCCAGAACGUGAAGAAAGGACCCGUUUAAACUGAACAUUCUGAUCCAGAACGUGAAGAAAGGAUCCGUUUAAACUGAACAUUCUGAUCCAGAACGUGAAGAAAGGAUCCGUUUAAACUGAACAUUCUGAUCCAGAACGUGAAGAAAGGACCCGUUUAAACUGAACAUUCUGAUCCAGAACGUGAAGAAAGGACCCGUUUAAACUGAACAUUCUGAUCCAGAACGUGAAGAAAGGACCCGUUUAAACUGAACAUUCUGAUCCAGAACGUGAAGAAAGGACCCGUUUAAACUGAACAUUCUGAUCCAGAACGUGAAGAAAGGAUCCGUUUAAACUGAACAUUCUGAUCCAGAACGUGAAGAAAGGAUCCGUUUAAACUGAACAUUCUGAUUCAGAACGUGAAGAAAGGAUCCGUUUAAACUGAACAUUCUGAUCCAGAACGUGAAGAAAGGACCCGUUUAAACUGAACAUUCUGAUCCAGAACGUGAAGAAAGGAUCCGUUUAAACUGAAACAUUCUGAUCCAGAACGUGAAGAAAGGACCCGUUUAAACUGAACAUUCUGAUUCAGAACGUGAAGAAAGGAUCCGUUUAAACUGAACAUUCUGAUUCAGAACUGUGAAGAAAGGACCCGUUUAAACUGAACAUUCUGAUCCAGAACGUGAAGAAAGGACCCGUUUAAACUGAACAUUCUGAUCCAGAACGUGAAGAAAGGACCCGUUUAAACUGAACAUUCUGAUCCAGAACGCGAUUCUAUUAAACUCCUUCUUCCUUCUGGGACUCUGUUUGUAGCUCUGCGGACAGAAAAGUUCUGGACUGAACAGGUUUCUUCAUUCAUAGUUUGGACUGGGUGGUUUGCAGGAUUGAAAUCUUUCAGUUCUUCAUGUUUUAUUUUUUAGAUCCGGUGUUUCCUGAUGUUAUGUUUGUUUUUUCUGAGUAAUAUCUGGUCGUUGAAUUAUCUUCAGGACUAAUAAAGUUUUACUGAUUAUUUA